GGUGAACCUGAACGGAGCGACAUACCAGCGGCGGGGCCAUGGCGGCGGCAUCAAUGCGCAAAACCUUGUUUCGGAACAAAGCUGCAGCCUCGAAUGUAAUCUUUGUUAACGGGAUCCCGCUCAGCAAGGACAUCUUGGAGGACCCGAGCAACAACGACGCCCCCGUCCAAGAGCACGAAGCGUUCUUGGACGCGGCAGAGAUGUUCAAAAAGUACGACCGCGACAAGUCGGGCGGGAUCGACAUGGCCGAGUUCAUGGUGUUACUCCAAGAUUUGAACUUUGACAUCCCCGACGGGAAAGCCGUUGUGUACUUUCGAAAGUGCGACGUGGCGCAAAAGGGAUACAUCACGUUCGACGAGUUUCGCGUCGCGCUGUUCACGUGCGACCCGUCCAAUCCGGCGCGGACGGGCGGCUUCUGCCCCGGCAAAGCCCUCACGCCCAAAGAUAUCUUCACCAUGUUUGACGCCGACGAUUCCGGCGAGAUCGGGCGCGACGAGUUCGAGCGUGUGCUCAAAUUUCUCUCCAUCAAAAUGCCCCUCGACAAAAUGGAGUCCAUCUUUUCCCAGCACGAAAACCCUGACUCGGAAGCCCUCGACUACAAAUCGUUUCGCACGAUUUGGCUCACGUUGGUGGACGUGCGCAAGGAGCUCCAGCUCCGCAACAUUCCACAUAACAAACUCUUGCCCAAGUCUGUGCUAGCCAAGAAGCUCGAGGGAAUUCUGGACAAGGAAGAUGCGCAAGAGCAGUACACGAUCGACGAAGCCAAGUGGAAUAUUCAGUGGGAACAAAUACGCAGCGACCGCGACCAGCUCGUGCGAAAGGCCAAGCGAUUUGCCAACUACAUCCUUGGCGACACCCUCGACGCGGCGGGCCAGGUAUAUGUCUUUGGUCGUGGUUCGUUCAACCGGUUCGACGGAGCACCAGCUACCAAGGACUUUGUCGAGUGCCCAUACUUUGAAAAGUUGCUGGCGCUGUGGACCGCCCGCGUGCGCGGUGCCGACGAGUGGUCGCCGCUUGUCGCCUCCCAUCCAUCGACGAAAUCGGCCGGAUGGGAAUCCGCUGCCAAGAAACAAGAGCAGGAACUGCAGGCGAAACUGGCCGCCGUUGCAGCGAAGAAGCUCGAUGCGGUCGAGACACAGCAGCUAUCGUUUCAAAAUCGCAUGGUGGCCGUCAACACGGCUUGGCUGUGGGGGCGCCGCAUCAAGCAUGUCAGUUGCGGCAGUACCGUGGCGUAUGCACUUACAGACACUGGCGAAUUGUACUGUUGGGGCGGAUCCCAGCGUCGAUGGAACUAUUUGUACGAGCCCAACGACGAGACCGUGCCAUUGGCCAACCGACCGUUCACAGCGCGAACAGAGCAACUGAAGCUCGUGGCGCCAGCGCAAGUUCGCCGGGACGCCCACAUGCACGAGCAAAACUACGUUCGCAAUAUGUUUCGGGCAAAUGCGCCCCCUGCUCCGCCCGUCGUAUCCCCCGACCAGCAGCGCAAAGGGGCGGUCGCCAUCGUCGAGUACUUCAACUUGGGACAGACUAUGCCGCCCGAUGUUCGGGCAGCUCUGCCCCUCGACAAGUUGCAAGAAAUCAUCGAGUUCGACUUGUCCGCCGAUUUGGCCGCCAACGCCAUGCGUCUUCGCGGGUUGGCGGUCCACGAUGCCGGCAAACAAGCGAUCGUGGACGACUUGUCCAAGGUGUUGGCGCUCGAGAUUGAGUGCAUGGGUGCUCCCUUCCACGACCGCAUGAAGCGGCUUGACUUGAAAUAUAAACAAGCUCUCCAUAACAACAAUGCGAAGCUUGUGGCCGAAUUGCUGAAGCGAGGGGCGACAACGUGGAGGGGCAUGCGGAAACUCCAUCACGCCAUCGACGACGUCGUGAAGGCCGAGUUCCAGGCAAAACAAGACAAUUGGAACGCCAAGCGCGACGAAAUUCGCCGGGUGCGGCUGAAACAAGACCGAAUCGGACGAGAAAAUGCCGAACCCGCGUCGACGAACCCGGCACUUCGAACGAUCGAAGUCAGCGGACUGACGAGUCGAGGACCACCUCAAAAGCAAUUCCACGGCGGCCAUGCCUUGCAAGAAAUCUCCGUCGGAGCUAAGCACGCGCUCGCCGUUCACGCAUCGGGGAAAAUUUACGGCUGGGGCUUCGGCACGUUCGGACGACUCGGGACCGGCGUCCACGCAGAUUUACCUGUCCCGCAGCCCAUGGCUCAGCUGGACAGCAUGCGUUUCCGAUCGGUUGCAGCAGGUUAUUCCCACAGUUUGGCACUGCGCAACGAUGGACAGGUCUUUGUGUGGGGCUCGGCCGCGACGGGGAAAUUGGGGUUGGAGCCAGAUGUGCCGCUACGACCACGCACGACGCCUGUCGGCCACCGACACAUGUCCAAGCAGCCGGCUUCCUCUCUUCUAUCGACGAACGGCGUCGACCUGGACAUAACGGACUGCUUUACAAUCAUGCCAUUGCCUCUGUCGCUUCCAGCAGCGGUACGAAAGAUCGCGUGCGGGCCGUCCCAUUCGGCCGCGGUCACGGCAAAUGGCGAAUUAUUUGUCUGGGGAAGCGGCGACGGUGGCCGAUUGGGGCUGGGCGACGGUCGCAUCAUGGACACGGACAAUGAGCUCAAAGGCGGACUCCUCGGGGUCCUUACAGCACCAACGCUCGUGACGAGCUUAACGGGACAGUUUAUCGUCGACGUGAGCUGCGGGGUGUCGCACACCGCCGCUCUCACGGCAAUCGAAGCGGACAUGGCACGUGGAUCGAAGGGUGGCCACUUGUACGUCUGCGGCAGUGCGCAUGCGCUCGGCAAGUUUUGCCCGGUAUUCGUGGCCCUCCCCCAAUUGAAGGGGGUGCCCAUCUCGAACGUCAGCUGCGGCAACGCGCAUACGGCGGCGGUCAGCACGGACGGUGAAAUCUACACGUGGGGAAACAAUACGGGCGGCUGCACGGGCCACACACUCGUCCAUCGGUAUGUCAAGGCCCCGACAAAGCUCCAUUGUAUGUACCAAAUGCCGGAAAACAUGGCGCGCCAUACCAAGUACACGGUCGCCGCGGUGCAGAGCAGCGUAAAUUCCGGGUAUUCGGCGGCGAUGGCGUUGGACGGCAACACGGACGGCCAGUUUGAAAGCUCGUGCAGCCAAACGUUUUGCGAGAUCUGUCCAUUCUGGCAGGUGGAUUUGGGUGUCCAUUGCCGCGUCGACACGAUUCGCGUGUGGAAUCGGACCGGGGCGGACGGUCAGCGCCUGUUUCCAUGCUGUGUCAUGGUGAGCGAGUCGCCGUUCGAACCAGAGAGCGGCAAGUUCAUGCUGCGGACGUGCAAAGCGCAAAGUGUGUGGACCAAAUUCGGCGACGACUGUGCAGCCCAGAAUCCUCUUGUGUGGCACGCCCCGGAAGGGACGCUCGGUCGAUUCGUUCGAGUUCAAGUCGAGGCCACGACAACAUUGAGUCUCGCUCAAGUCGAAGUGCUCGGAGUCGAAGCGUCCAAGUGUGUGGGGCCCAAAGCCAGCUCCGUCGCGUGCGGCGACGAUGUCACGAUGGUGGUGUGUCGUCCAAAUGUGGUGCAGAGUGAAAUCGACAAAAAGUUCCUGCGCGCGCUGUGCGCCGACAUCGACCACCUGGACGUGCUCAAAGAGUACCUCGCGUUUGCACCGUCCGUUCAAAAGUUUGCAGGCGACGUCCGGCCCCACAUCACGCCGUGCCUCCUCUGCACGGCGCAGUACACGUGCCCGAUCUGCGUCUUGUUCAAACAGAUUCCGUCCACGUCGUUGCCGCCCGACGUCCGGGCCACGACGUCGUUGGAUACAUUCAGCGACAUGCUGCUGUCCCAUCGACCGCCUCGGACGUUUGCCACGUCGGCGGCGACCGUCAUGAUGACAGAUGAUGCCAACCGAUUGCUCCAAAUCGCUGUAGACGAUGAAAAACCAGAGUCCGACUUGGCCAAGGCCCAAGACGCCGUGUUCGCGACCGUGCAUAAAGCGGUGACGACGACGGCGCAUCUCGUACAAUCCAACUCGACCGCCGUGCAAAAGAUCCACGCCGCCGCGGCCGACCACCUCCAGAAACUCCAAGACCAAGCGCGCCCGAUGUCCCGGUCGUUCCUUCGUAACGCCAUGGCAUCGUCCAAAGAGACAUGGCAAAAGUACACGUCUGGCAAACCACCGCGCGAGAAAUACACACCCUCUGGCCAAGGUGGCAACGCCGACGUCAUUCGGGUGCAGCCAAAAUCGGCAUCCCGCCCACCACUCGACGACGACACAGCGCCCCUCAACAAGCCACGGACGCGCCACGCAGCGACCAGUCGGCUCCUCAACGGACGACCGGUCGCUGAAUGACGACACGUUGCUAGAACCCGACACAUGGAUUAAGUUAUCACGGCCCUCGACCUACGUCAAUAGGUAGCUGGCGGCGCCGCGAUCGAGACCGCGAGCCACUGGUCGGCUGCCGACCGGAGGGCAGUUGCUAGUUGAUGUCGUUCGUGCGCAGCGGUCCAACUUUGUCGUGGACGCGUCUGAAUCAGCGAGACACAGUCGCGCGCAGCAUCCGCGACGUUUGCAUGACGCGUUCCCACAGCUCGAGCAAUAUUUCGUUGGGGUCCGUCGUUACCUCGUGCAGAUCCAUGGCGGAGGUCGGAAGCAGCGGCUUUGUAGAAGAGAUCACGACGUCUUCGUCGAUUGUUACAAUCGGUGCCGUGUGGCGACGUCCGCGGUUUGUGUGGUGGACUUGGCUGAAUUCGGCACAUCUUCGCUCGAUGUGCAUGCCAAGGCUGGUCACGAGGGUUUGAAGGGCUUUGAGUUGCGCAGCGGACGGGGCCACCGACAGAGGCUCGUGGCGUGCAAUGUCAAUCGUCCCGAUGCAUUCCUUAUGCAGCGACGACGACACAAAUACUGGCACUGACACAUACGCCGACGCGUUGUGCUCGACGGCGAGAGGAUGCGCUCGGAAUCGCGCGUCGUUGGACGUGUCGAGGACAACGAGAGGCGUCGGAUGC